AUGCAAGGCUCCAGCAUUCAUCGCCGCACCAGCAGCGGAUCCACAAUCAAAGCUGCCGGAAGGAAUCAUUCGGGUUUGAGCAAUGGUUCUGCGGGCACCCAAGCAAAACCGCCCGUCCGUGCCACUCUUUGGAUCCACGACGAUAACUUCUCACCCGAGGAUGUCCUCCUGAAUGAAGCUUUUCUCGAAGGCACAGACAUACGCGAAGGCAAUCUCAUAGAAAUUUUUCUUGCGAAAGAGACGUCUGACGUUCGCGACUUUCAGUCUCCAGUCACCAAAAACGAGGACACGGCUUUCAAUGUCUCAGGAAGACCACAUGUGGAUCACGCUGCCGAUGCCGCGACGCGGUAUCUCUGUGUUGCUAAACAUGCCCCAUUAGAUCUCACAGCGAGACAGACAGGUCUCCAGGUUUCCGUGAAAAGCAAUAUUGCCAACGCCUUUGGACUUCGACCACGGUCCCAAGUGUGGAUCAUCCCUGCUUCCUUUGAAGACCGAACAGCUUCGCAUGUCGAGUUCAAUUUCAGAGAUGCCUACUUAGCAAGGUCUGAUAUGUGGAGGCUUGUUGGCCAAGAAUUGGCUGGCAGAACAAUUUACACCGGGCAAAAGAUCACUUUCCUAGGCACAAUCAAGUUGACUGUGAAGUCAAUUCAUGUCCAGAGUCAUAAAGUAGCGUCUGGGUAUUUCUCAGGAACAACUAUCCCAAUAUUCCGCAGCGAGGCCGCCCGUUAUGUACUUUUCAUACAGAUGUCCAGUGAGAUGUGGGACUUCGAUUCCGAAGGCAAUGGUGAGAUCAUGUUCAAUCGAGUGAUUAACGGGUUUCUUCCAGACCUCUUCAAGCGAUGGACCGAUCUGGACGUUCGUCACCUCGUCAGCAUUGUCAUGUUUGGACGUCUCGAAUAUGAUCGUUUCGACCUUGCUAGGAACAAGGACAGAAGAAUAGAGACGGCUCCGGAGACAGGAGCACCAAACAUGACUGCCAGACAAUACCAAGACUUCUACCGGGUUGUUGUCACGGAUAUGGCAAGCGCACAAUGGACCACUAUCUUGAACGAGCUGAAAAAGGAUUUUCGUGUUUUCCUCAGGGAUAUCUCGCUGCAUACAUCAGCCAACAACGAGAUAGCAGUCAAGGAUGCAAAGACCAAUGGCACUCGCAUCGCUGGGAGACCAAGUACAGCUCUGAAGGGAAAUAUCUUGGAAGCCAUCAACAUAGCUUCGACACAAUUUGCCAAUGACUAUGUUGACCGUGAUCUGAUUCGGACGGGAGUCUCAAUUGUGGUCAUCAGUGCCGGAACCGGGGUUUUUGAGGUCAACAGAGAUCUUCUUAACCUGACAUCACAAAAUCUGACCAACAACGGAGUCGGCAUUGACAUUGUUUGCCUAUCAAGAAUGCCUCUCCACUCUGUGCCACUGUUCAAAUAUCGUAACAGUCCCUCCGAAGAUUCUGCUCAGUCUGCCCUCCCCUCCAGCGUCAACAUCAGUCCCCGAAGGUCAGGUUCAGGCCCGGCGCUGUACGAUUCCAGCCAACCGCGCAAGCUAUCGCCUGCCUUAUCGUCCAUUACAUCAAAUAGUCUUCGGCACCUCACCAGUUACAUUACAGGCCAGGGCCAUGAGGGUUUACGUGGCUGGUGUUUUGGUAUUCCUCAAUGGGUCGAUCUCUCAUACUGGUCUGCUGAAGAUGACCGAAUCGAGCCACUUGUGCGUGAAGACGAGCCUAAGGACAAAGGUCAGGUGUCGAAGCGAAACAAACGUCCCUUCGUACCACGAGUUCGCAUGUAUGAGAUUCAAAUGAUGGGUCUGAUGGAACUAGGACUGGCAGACAUGAGCAUACCUUUCAUGAGUGAGACCCAGACCUUGACCUUAGGAAAAGCCAAACACUACAAGUACAGAAACAGACGAACAAGUGCAGCCAGGAGUUUAUCACACUCUCCAACGAUUUCGCGUAAGCUCGGGCCAAGGCUAGACCCAAAGCUUCAUUCCCAAGGACUUUUAUCCACGCAUGCGAAAGCGUUGGGAGACAUCUUUGAACGUAUGGAGCGGUAUGACUCGAUGUUGUUCCGCUCAAGGCCCGGGCACCAAGUGCUAUCGACUAGGCUCAUGCAAUCUUCAAGUCUGGAAAAGAGUGCAGCUUUCAUAACAUCUAAGCUCGAUAACGAAACCCAAGCAAAGGUCGACGAAACAUCCACGGGACCAAAGUUGACGAAAGUGACUUCCAGGAAAGCACCCAAUGGCGCCUUUCGCCCACAACUUCCAUCCCUAAUGUCAGGAGACGCAUCCGAAGGAUCUGCUGCAAAGCAAACUCCGGAAACACCAAAAGCGAACCGCAAUUUGAGCUAUUCUUUGAGGGGUUUGGCUCCCCCAGUGAGAUCUGUACCAAGCACGGAGGUCAACACUACCAAUAUAUCAGCCCAGCCAGCUAUUAGCAUGCUCGGCAAGUCAAGACCAACAGUCGCUACAUCCGCCGCAAGUAUUCGAUCGGUCUCUACUACCAGUCUCGCCGGAGAGAAAAAAAACCUUCUGCAGCAACGAUUUGGAAGCCCAAAACCAACUUCCUCGAAUCGCCCAAGCGGCAUGCCGUCGAAGCCAAUCUCAAUCAAUACGCCGCUACGAAAGCACCACGAUGACAGGAUUGGCGGUUCGCUAAGAUCGAACUCGACCUCGCAGCAUGUUAAAAACGACAUCAACGAUAGAAAAAACAGCUACGAAACAGAAGGAGAAUCAGGGAGCGAAAGGUCUGCAACGUCAGCUAGCGAUGGAGAGGGGGAUGACAGUGCUGAAGCUGCCGAGAGCUGGAUGGGUACGUCAAUCGCAAGCUCGGUUACUCGAAGCAACCUCCCAUAUGUCCGGAACGUCAACGCUUCGAAUCCCUUGAAACGACAUCCGGAACGAGAGUCAUACUACGGCAGAUGGCAACAUUUGUAUCCACGGAAACCUCGCGCCGCUAUUGUCAAAUGGAGAUCAUUAUGCACCCCUGCUUCAGUCCCUUUGACCAGUUCAGAUUUUCCUUCCAUGCAGGACCUUCAGACGGAGUAUGAAUCGACUUCUUACGAUGUCCACCUCGAAAUGUCCAACGAUAUGCUUGAAGUCCCUGAAUCUCGUGACACGCUCCUUCGAGAAAUGCUCGCCUUGAGGUUCUCUCAUGGCUACCAAUUGGUGGUAGGCCCGACUUUAGUUGAGUCUGUGGGACCCGGCACUGGUGACAGUUCGUCAUUCUUCACACCUGGUCUAGUUAGACCAGACGGAUCUUACAUCUUUCUGUCUAUGGCAAACACGAUACAAAAACUGUCUCUCGAGGAAGCAGAUUGUAUCCGUGUCACGAGAUACGUGCGCAAGCAGCCUACUGUCCAACCACCGUAUCCUCAACACAUCAACUAUUAUCCUAACAUCAAAACAAUCCUUUCCAAAAACUACAUGAUACGAGACAUGCAAUUCAAAGGAUUCUCUGAACAGUAUCCUUGGGAAGAAGCAGACAACUACCUCUCCGACAUCAGCCGGCAAGCGGAAGCAGAUACUGUAGCACUCAGAUUCUGGCGUGCUCGGUUCGUUUUGAUCCCAGUCGAACCGCCUCAGACCGCCCGCAGACCGGCACCCUCUGAAGGAGAGGAGAAUGAAGAGGAGAUUCAUCUACGGGGCAUCAGAGUAUUGACACAGAUGUGGCAAAAAGCUCGAUUCGUCCCGCCCGACGAAAGAAGACCUGCUCACAAUCGCCUGAGCACGAUGAAGCUCAAAGAUCGUAAUCCGUUGCGUAUCAAUCUCGAGACCCUGAAUCCGUCCGAGUUAGUCGCCACCGAACUCGAUAAGCUCAUCGCAGCUGAGGAGGCUGGCGAGCUGCAAUCUACUCAGCUACUUCCCGAGGAAGAUCAGUUCGACCGUGAUAGUUUCAGCUUAUCCAAAUUGGCACAAACAUUGCAAGGCGACAGAGGGAUCGAGAUCAAGACCAGACGAUGGCACCUGAGGUUGCAUUAUAGUUGUUUCAUGGGUGAAGACUUGACCAACUGGCUAGUCCACAAUUUCAGAGAUAUUGAAACAAGAGAUGAGGCGGUGGAAAUCGGCAACGACCUCAUGAAGGAGGGUCUGUUCGAACACGUGAACAGCCGGCACAAGUUCAAAGAUGGCAAUUACUUCUACUCCAUCAAACCUGAGUGGCGUACCCAAAGAGCAGAGAACAAGCAGCAGUCAUGGUUCCCGGCAAGUCGAAAACCAGACCGGUCGAUUCCGGCGACUCCCAUCAACGAGCAAGGACCGCGCGAGGCAUUGACAGGUCGGACGCGUUCAGCGUCGAGCCUUGCGAACCAAGCGCAGGUCACCUCGGAGCUUGCCAAAUCGCUCGGUGACAAGAAGAAACGGGCCAUCACGUUGAGCAAAAUGAUUCGAAUCGACGUCGACACAAGGAAGCGGUCCAACAGACCCGAGAUUGUCAACCUGCACUACGACAGGCUACACAACCCGGAAAACUGCUAUCAUCUCGAGCUGGCCUGGCUUAACGUGACUUCCAAGCUCGUCGACGAUGCGAUCGUCAACUGGACCACUCAGGCGGAAAAGUACGGCUUGAAGCUGGUCGAGGUGCCGAUAGCAGAAGCAUCCCGAGUUCCAGACCACGAACCUUUCCGGGCCCCCUAUCGCAUCAAGCUGGCGUUGGAGCCUCCUCAACGGGCCGUGACGAACAACGUGUAUUUCACCGCCACGUCCUUUGGACCGCAGGCGCCACUGAAUUCCGACGUGCACCUUUACCAAAAGGCGCUGCUGAAGCGCUUCAACUUCGUGCUCGACCUCGAAGCCACAUCUGAGUUUCCCGAGAACGUCGAGAUUAGAUACUCCUGGGGCACGCUGGACUAUCGGUACACGCAGUUCGUGCACCGCUCUGGUGUGGGUCUCGCGCAAAUCACCGACGAGGGUGACAUUCUGUUGCUGGCCAACCGACUGUACAAUUCCAGACUCGCGUCCGGCAAGGACACCUCCUCGAGGAUGGACAGCACCCUGAAGAAAGAAGCCACUCCAAACACCGCCGCAUCAUCAAUCAUAUUGCGACCACCGCCGUCCAUGGUGAGCGGCUCACCCACCAACAAUAACAACAUCAACAACAACCACGGCGGAAGCGUCAGCAGCAUUAGUAGUAACAGCAACAGCAACAACGCCAACUCUGUCGCAGGUGUCCAGGCAUCCGGGAUCAUCGGACUGAACGUGGCGUCACCGAGAACCGCGCCGUUUUCGUCACCACUGAUGCGUCCCCUGUCAAACACGACUCCUCUCGGGACCCCUGGCGCCGCCGCCGCCGCAGGCAUGUCAACACCGAGUCUAUCCUCGGCGUCCGGGUCCACCAUGGCCGUGCCGCCGCAACCGCCCCUGGUGACGACCCCCCAAGUCACCGCCGACGUGUUCGGGGCCGGCCGUCAGUCUCUUUUGCUCGGCGGGAACGUCCCGGGCCAGUACAUCACCCCCGAACAGAUCAAGGACGACCUGGAGGCUCUGUGCCACGACAGGGACCGGCUCGAGGCCUUUUACCGGGAGGUCGCCGCCACCCUGCCUCAAGUCGUCGGCCAGCGUGACAGGGAGAGGGAACAACGCAAGCAGACGGGCGGGAGCACCGGCACGGGGGGGACGAGCUCGAGUCUCCUCCGGCCCGUCAAGGAAGUCACGGUGGAAGGGGAGAUUGGCAUCCCCGAGUUCAAACUCCCCGAGGCAGUGACGGGGAGGAGGACGUCUCAGAGUUGA